UGUUGAUGAGCAAGCAGACCACACUGAAUCAGAACCAAACAGGAACCAAGUCAUCUUCCAGGAAGCUGCUGAAGCUGAGAACCAAAAUCAGGAAAGAAGAAAACCUUUCUCAAGUGUCAUCUGUAAAAAGCGUUUGUCUUUCAAAUCCGUUUUUGAUGCUCACAUGAAAACUCAUACGGGUCAAAAGCCGUUUUCAUGUGUGACCUGUUUAAAAAGUUUUAUUCGAAAACGGGCUUUAACUCAGCACAUGAUGAUUCAUACUGGUGAAAAGCCGUUUUCAUGUGUGACCUGUGGAAAAAGUUUUGGUCAAAAACCGCAUUUAACUAAGCACAUGAUGAUUCACACUGGUGAAAAGCCGUUUUCAUGUGUGACCUGUGGAAAAAGUUUUGGUUAUAAACCAGCUUUAACUCAGCACAUGAUGAUUCACACUGGUGAAAAGCCGUUUUCAUGUGUGACCUGUGGAAAAAGUUUUGGUUAUAAACCAGCUUUAACUCAGCACAUGAUGAUUCACACUGGUGAAAAGCCGUUUUCAUGUGUGAACUGUGGAAAAAGUUUUGGUUGUAAACUGGCUUUAACUCGGCACAUGAUGAUUCACACUGGUGAAAAGCCGUUUUCAUGUGUGAACUGUGGAAAAUGUUUUAGUCACAAACAGCAUUUAACUAAGCAUAUGAUGAUUCACACUGGUGAAAAGCCGUUUUCAUGUGGAAAUUGUGGAAAAAGUUUUUGUCAAAAACAACAUUUAAUUCGGCACAUGAGGAUUCACACUGGUGAAAAGCCGUUUUCAUGUGUGACCUGUGGAAAAAGUUUUGGUUAUAAACUGGCUUUAACUCAGCACAUGAGGAUUCACACUGGUGAAAAGCCGUUUUCAUGUGUGACCUGUGGAAAAAGUUUUGGUUAUAAACCGGCUUUAACUCGGCACAUGAUGAUUCACACUGGUCAAAAGCCGUUUUCAUGUGUGACCUGUGGAAAAAGUUUUGGUUAUAAACCGGCUUUAACUCAGCACAUGAUGAUUCACACUGGUGAAAAGCCGUUUUCAUGUGUGACCUGUGGAAAAAGUUUUAUUCGAAAACAGAGUUUAACUCAGCACAUGAUGAUUCAUACUGCUGAGAAGCCGUUUUCAUGUGUGAACUGUGGAAAAAGUUUUAUUCGAAAACAGGAUUUAACUCAGCACAUGAUGAUACAUACUGGUGAAAAGCCGUUUUCAUGUGUGAACUGUGGAAAAAGUUUUAUUCGAAAACAGGAUUUAACUCAGCACAUGAUGAUUCACACAGGUGAAAAGCCGUUUUCAUGCGUGACCUGUGGAAAGGGUUUUCGUCAAAAACAGGAAUUAACUCGUCACAUGAUUAUUCACACAGGUGAAAAGCCGUUUUCAUGCGUGACCUGUGGAAAGGGUUUUCGUCAAAAACAGGAAUUAACUCGUCACAUGAUUAUUCACACUGGUGAAAAGCCGUUUUCAUGUGUGACCUGUGGAAAAAGUUUUAUUCGAAAACAGGAUUUAACUGGACACAUGAGGAUUCACACAGGUGAAAAG